UAUAUAUAUAUAUAUAUAUAUAUAAUUUUAUUUUGUUCUCAUAAUUCAUUAUGAUUGGAUAAACAUUUAAUUACUCUAAGAUUAUUGUGUAGAAAUUAAGUACUUGCAAAGGUAACGUAAAAUGUAUACGCCAAGAAAGAAAGCUUUUUGGUUCGCAAUCACCACUAGAAUUGCGAUAUUGGUGUUACAAGUAAUUUUUAAUGUAUUAAUCCCCGAUCAUGAUGCUGAUGCGUUUAAAAGACCUUUGGAUUCCACGGAAAAAGUUUCCCUGUACGAUCGAAUAAUUUAUUUUCUAUUUAAUGGUCUUACACGUUGGGAUGGAGAAUAUUUUUUACAUAUUGCAAGAUAUGGAUACACAUAUGAGAAUACUCUUGCUUUUUAUCCGUUGUACCCAGUUAUGAUUCGCAUUGUUGCCGCUGUUUUGAUAAAAAUAUUUCCUUUAUUCAACAUUCAAAGCAUGAUGAUUGUUGCUGCAAUUCUGAUUAAUUUUGUAUGUUUUGUAAAAUCGACUAUUAUCUUGUAUGAUCUCACGAAGUAUGUAUUUCAAAAUACCACGAUAGCCUACAAAACAGUGAUGCUUUAUUGCAUAAAUCCGGCUAGCAUAUUUUUCUCGGCUAUAUAUUCAGAAUCCAUGUUUGCAUACUUAACAUUUUACACUAUGCUCAGUAGUGUAAAAUGUUGCUCUGCUCUUAACAUUUCUUUCCCGUUGGCUUUGUCAACUUUAGUAAGAUCGAAUGGUAUCGUCAAUAUUGGUUUCCCUGUAUAUUUCGGGCUUAAGAAUUUGUAUAAUUCGAAAAAAAUGAAACAUCAACGACAAUACAAUUUAUUGUCAAUCUUAUGGCAUAUUUUUAAAUUAAUAAAAUUAAAAAACUGUUUUAUCAUAUUAAGCACAGUAAUUGUAUCGCUAUCUCCGUUUUUCCUUUUACAAAUAUACAACUAUAUAAAAUUUUGUACUUUUACAUUCGAUAAAUUGUCAUUACCAGUUGACGUAUUACAUUACGCCAUAGAAAAUAAUCUAAUCUUACCAGGUAAAACAGAAUCAAUGUGGUGUAACGCUAGUAUACCUUUAGCGUAUUCAUACGUGCAAAAAACAUAUUGGAAUAUUGGGUUCUUGAGAUAUUAUCAAUUCAAACAAAUACCAAAUUUUAUUUUAGCUCUUCCAAUAUUGUACAUUAUGUUGAAGUGCAUAAAAGAAUUUACUUACGAAUAUAAGGAUGAGCUGUAUUCAUUAGGAUUUCUUGAUAGUAAAAUAGAAAGAGAAAAUACUAUUAGAGUAAAAAAAUAUCCAUUAAAUAUGUUUGUCUUCGUAGUACAUGGAUUAUUUUUAACUGUGUUUUGUCUACUUUUUGUACACAUCCAAGUCAGUACACGUUUAUUAGCAUCUGCAACUCCCCUAAUAUAUUGGUAUUGUGCAUCGACUAUGUCUCACAAAUGUAUUGAUUUACAAUACGAAAGUGAUGAGAACGUGUGUUCUAAGUGGAAAGUAUUUUUCUUAUCACAAAAAAGAUAUACAUUACAAGAUAAAUUUAUAUUAUUUUACUUUACAGGAUAUACAAUCAUAGGAUGUUUUAUGUUUUCAAAUUUCUUGCCGUGGACUUGAUAUAUCACAUUUCAUACGUA